GUCUAAGUCCAUAGGCUUCAUAAUUUGUAUUCUAAUUAUGCAGAAUUGGUAAUUUAAUUUGUGUUUGAUUUUGGUUAAGCGGUAUAGAUGUAUUACAAUUAGUCUUAACAGUGUAAUAAUUUACGCGUAAGGCAAGAAUGCCUUCGAUCGAUGUUAUGGCCCCUCCGGGGCUGGCGCUCGAGACACCACCAGAAGAACCGCAGGCACCUCCCGCUCCUGUUAUUGGAAUUAUUUAUCCACCACCCGAAGUUAGGAAUAUUGUUGACAAGACUGCAAGCUUUGUUGCUCGUAAUGGACCAGAGUUUGAGGCUCGUAUUAGACAGAAUGAACUUGGGAAUCCGAAAUUUAACUUUCUCAAUUCUGGGGAUCCGUACCAUGCUUACUACCAACAUAAGGUGAAGGAAAUAAGAGAAGGGAGAAGUACUGAUACAGCCCCUAUCCCGAUCGGGCCUCCAGUGCAACGCCCAGGUCUUGCACCAGCUACUGCAGCUAGACAACAGGAACUUCUUAAAGCUGCAGCACCAUCUGAACCAGCACCACCACGUGAUCCACCACCAGAUUUUGAGUUUAUUGCAGAUCCACCUUCCAUUUCAGCAUUAGAACUUGACAUUGUAAAACUAACAGCUCAGUUUGUAGCUAGAAAUGGUCGUCAGUUUUUGACAGACCUCAUGAAGAAGGAAGAAAGAAACCAUCAGUUUGAUUUUCUACGUCCACAACAUUCGCUUUUCCAAUACUUUACAAGACUUUUAGAACAAUAUACGAAAGUUCUUUUACCUCCUAAAGAAUUAGUUUCGAAGCUGAGUGCCGAGGUACGAAGUGGAGUCUUGGAACAAGUGCGCAGUAGAGCUGCGUGGCACUCUCAUCAAGCUAGGCGCAAAGCUGCAGAUGAGGCUAGAAUUGAAAAAGAAAGAUUAGCGUAUGCCUCUAUUGAUUGGCACGAUUUUGUUGUUGUAGAAACAGUUGAUUAUCCUGCAGGAGAACCUGGUGAUUUUCCUCCACCAACAACACCGCUAGAAGUUGGUGCUCGAGUAUUAGCCCAAGAGCGUGGAGAAGAUAUCACUCAUGGCAAUGAUGAGGAUGAUACAGAGAUGCAAUUGGAAUCUGAAUCGGAAUCAGAGUCGGAUGAAGAUCUCGCGGAAAUGGAAGAUAGAACUCAACACCAGCAGCGUCCUGAUGAUAAUAGGGUGCAAGAUAUGGAGGAAGAAAGUUCUUCAUCUGAUGAUGAUGGUCCUCUAGAGUCUGGUCGAGGCGGAGAGGAAGCUCCAUUGCCUCCACGUCCAGAUCGCGUAGUGGUCAAGAAAUAUGAUCCAAAACGCGCCCGGCCUCAGCCGGCGCCAGCUAGCGAAGAAUGGCUAGUAUCUCCAAUUACAGGAGAAAAGAUUCCAGCUAACAAGGUGGCCGAUCACGUAAGAAUAGGACUGCUAGAUCCGCGCUGGCUGGAACAGCGAGAUCGUGCUGCAGCUGAACGCUCAGAUCGUGACGAGGCUCUUGCUCCUGGCGCAGCUAUCGAAGCUUCGCUCAAACAGUUAGCAGAACGUCGUACCGAUAUCUUCGGUGUAGGCGACGAGGAAACCGCUAUCGGUAAGAAGAUAGGUGAGGAAGAGAAGCGUCGCGACGAGCGCGUCACUUGGGACGGACACACCUCUAGUGUGGAGGCUGCCACGAGAGCUGCGCGCGCACACAUCACGCUAGAGGACCAGAUACAGCAGAUACAUAAGGUCAAGGGCUUACUUCCUGAUGAGGAGAAAGAGAAGAUUGGACCCAAACCAGUACCUCCAUCUGCCCGAGGAGUCGCGGCUCCGCGGCCACCGCCCCCGCCGGCACCACCACGAGUUUCUGCUCCUGCACCAGCUCCAGCACCCGCCCCUGCACCUGUACUUCUUCAACCGAUCCCACCGUUAAUGGUGAUACCGCCCUUAGCACCCCGACCACCUCUUAUCCCCACUCCAGUAGGUGCACCUUAUGGUUAUCCAGUACCAGGAGUACCAGGAGCUGUGGCCGGGGUACCAGUGCCGGGUGCUCCGCCAGAAGAAGACGAACCGGCUGCUAAGCGGGCGAGGACAGAAGACGCCCUGGAAUCUGAACAGGCCUGGCUCGUAGCGCAUCCUGGUCCGGCUCCUUUGCAGGUGAUACUCCCGUCGGCGCCGGAGCGCAGCGAGUGGCGGCUGGACGGGCGCACGCUGCAGGUGUCGGUGCCGCUGUCCGCCACCGUCGCCGAGCUCAAGAACAUCCUGCAGCGCUCCACCAACAUGCCCACCGCCAAGCAGAAGCUGCACUACGAGGGCUUAUUCUUCAAAGAUACGAACACUUUGGCAUACUACAACGUUCCGCCCGGCGCCAUGAUACAGCUGCAAGUGAAGGAGCGCGGUGGAAGGAAGAAGUAAUGCUUCGGAUGAUUACCAUACAUACAUAUAUAUAUAUUUCAAUUUCAAAAUGAGUUCACAUUGUUUUGUAGAAUGAAAAUAAACAUUGAAUUGAAACUUAUUU